UUCCUGGUCCGGGAAAAUCUGACAUCGCGAUAGACUGUGUGCAGUUCCGCGGCGGGGGCCUGACGCUGGAAUGCGAAACUGCAAGUUAUUUAGCCAAAACAAAAAAAUUGACAGACCUUGGCGCACCAUUUCAGAAAUAUCUCGGCUCUCCAUGGGACUCAGCUAUGGUCUGAGCCACGCGGGACACUCCUAACAUAUGGGGAUGAGACGAGAUCGGAUAUUUCCGCAACUGCAGCUUAGGGCUCGUUGACUCUCUGGCUCAGGAUGGCGCAGGGAGGCUCUCAGCUCGACUACCACAUCCUGCAGGACCUCAAGCAGCGUUUCCCGGAGAUCCCAGAGGGGGUAGUGUCACAGUGCCUUCUGCAGAAUAACAACAACCUGGAUCUCUGCUGCCACCUCCUGGCUCAGGAGAGUAAUAGAUACCUGUAUGGAGAGUUCCAUCACAGUCCAGAGGAGGGGCGACUGAGCCGAAAUCACAUGCUACACAUUAGCUUGGGCUACCCAGGCUCAGAGGCAAGCAAAGCCAAUGGAGGAGCAGUGGGAGUAGGGCGCUCCCUAGUGCACAGCACUAGUGACAGUCACAUCGAACCCCAGCGGUCCAGCUACCCUGAGCCACUGUCAGCCCCUGCCACUAUGGCUCCCUCCCCGGGUUACAAUCCUUUCUUCAUGAACGAUCAGAGCCGCUCGGCCAGCACUCCUACUCCUCCACCCACAAUGCAGGGCAUGUCUCCCACAUUCUCCCCCGUCUCUCGUUACACUAUGAACCCAAUAACAGUCACACUUUCACAAAGUAUACCCAAUGUACCACAGGCUCUGCAGAUCCCCCCUGGGCAUUAUGCUAACAGCACCAACACCACCCUGUAUAUUCGACCCUCACCCUCUCAGAGCCCACAGCCAGCGCCCUGGUCCUCCUCAGGGGCACCUGUCUAUCAGCAUCAGCAGUCUCCCUACAGCACUCCCACAUAUGGCUCUCCUUACAGCUCCCCACAGCAUCAGGUCCAGCCGCAGCCCCAACCACAGCCCCAGCCGCCACCCCAGCACCAGCAAUACGUCUUCCUCCCCAUUAGCUCCCCAACCCUUCCCAGCAUGCCCUACCAUCACCAGCAACAACCCCAGCAACAACCAGCUGUUUACAGGCCGUACCACUCAAAAAGCUCCCUCAAGAACCAGAUAGAGAUUACUCUAGAGGGUCCGCGGCCACGCAGCAAUUCUCCCGUGCACACCCCUCACCCCCAAGGAGCGCUUUACAUGGCCACCAGCCCCUCGCCCAGCUCCCCUUCCAGGGGCAUCACAAUGAGUGGACCUUCAGGCCCAGCAGCCUUUCACCCUGGGAUGUACCUGCAGCACCAGGGCCCUGCAAGGCCUCGGCCCGCCUCCUCUCCUCAACCAGGCCAAUCAGCCUACACUUUCAAAAUCAAAGUGUCGCCCGGAGGUCAGGCCCAGAGGCCACCCAGCUCACCUCCGGUGGCUGAAGCGGAGUCUCUCCUCAACAUAGUAGACCAAGGGGAGCACAAUGCUGCACCCCCACCCAUCCUGCCCAUCUCAGCUCUACCAGGGAACGUUGCCAGUCAGUUUCAGCAAAUGCCCCGACGUUCAAGCUCAGGCUCUGAUGACUACGCUUAUACACAAGCCCUCCUGCUCCACCAGCGGGCCAGGAUGGAACGUCUAUUGAAGGAGCUGAUGCUGGAGAAGCAGAAACUAGAGCAGCUGAAGGCUGAUGUCAACAACAUGGAGUAUGAUGCUCUUCAAAGACGCUUUCGACGAGUCAAUUCAACCAGUCUUAUACCCAGACCUGAAGAGAUGACCCGAUUGCGGAGUCUUAACAGACAGCUUCAGAUUGAUAUCGACUGCACCCUGAAGGAGACAGAUCUAUUGCAGUCUAGAGGGAAGUUUGACCCAAAAGCAAUGAACAACUUUUAUGACAACAUUCAGCCUGGUCCAGUUGUGCCGCCUAAACCUGGAAAGAAAGAAGGGGAGCAGGGCCCCAAGCCAGUGCCGGGGCCCCAGAGGGAUGAAGACUUUGAAGGCGCCCAGUGGAACUGUGAAAGCUGCACCUUCCUCAACCACCCUGCACUCAACCGCUGUGAACAGUGCGAGAUGCCGCGCUACACCUGAUCUUAGCUCUGCGCUGUAUUGCCCACCCCCUGCCCCAUCCCCUGCCAAUCCUUGGAUACUAUAGGCCACACCCCUCCAGAAUCUUUCUAGAGGUCUACCCUGUCAAUCAAAUAUAUAAGCCCCUCUUACCUGCUGAGGAAGAGCCACUAUCCCUCUUUGCCCACUUGUCCUGCUCCCACCCACUACUCCUGUGCACUUUGACCCUUGUUUCUGUUGGCGGAUGAUGAAUCUUUUUUCUGGACAGUUGGAGACUCUUCUCGUGGCAAAUGUGUAAAAGAGGCAAGUGACAUGCUGUGACUCUGGCAGUGGUUGGCACGGGGCUUUGGAGAGGUCAAAGCGAUUGAGGUUUUGAGGAGCAGCUAUGGUUUACCUAGCGAACAUUCCAUGCAGAAUGAAUGACUGCCCUGUUUACACAACUACGCCCAUUCCUGAACUCAAAAUGGAGGAACCUCCACUUUAAUCCAGGAUCUGUAACUCCCUUUCUGACAGUGGAACAAUGAAAGCAAUGGUAUAUAAGUUCUGACUAAUGCGAAAAUGUAGACUGUACACUGUAUUUGGCUCUGUAUUAGAGCUCAUUUCACUGAAAGAACACUAAAGACACUUGCAUACAAGUAUAUUCCUGGUACUUUUAUGCAUAUUAUGCCACCCUGUAUUAUGUGUUCAAACGAUGUUGAUUUCCUGUGCAAAUGCCUCAACUUGCUGUACUUAAUAAAGGAGCUGAUUCUAUGUGA